CGCUGCUGCUGCCGGCGAGCUAGCGGCGCGGCGGCGGGUACUGGAGGUCGGGCGCGGCGGCGCUGGAAGCGCACCCAGCGGGCAAGGCGAGGCAGCCCGUGGCGCGGCAGCAACCGGGAGGCGAGAGCCGGUGCGGACCGUAGGCGGCGGUGGCAGCUCGUUGGCGGCGGCGGCGGCGGCGAGGAUGCUGCCUCGGAGGCUGUGCUGGGUGCCGCUCCUGCUGGCGCUGGGCGUGGGGAGCGGCAGCGGCGACGGCGGGGGCAGCCGGCGGCGCCGCCUCCUCGCGGCAAAAGUCAAUAAGCACAAGCCCUGGAUCGAGACUUCGUAUCAUGGAGUCAUAACGGAGAACAACGACACCGUCAUUUUGGACCCCCCACUGGUCGCCUUGGAUAAGGACGCACCGGUUCCUUUUGCAGGGGAGAUCUGUGCAUUCAAGAUACAUGGGCAAGAGUUGCCCUUUGAGGCCGUGGUGCUCAACAAGACAUCUGGAGAGGGCCGGCUCCGUGCCAAAAGCCCCAUCGACUGCGAGCUGCAGAAGGAAUACACGUUCAUCAUCCAGGCCUACGACUGCGGCGCGGGGCCCCGGGAGAUGGCCUGGAAGAAGUCACACAAGGCUGUGGUUCAUAUCCAGGUGAAGGACAUCAAUGAGUUUGCACCCACCUUCAAAGAGCCUGCCUAUAAGGCUGUGGUGACCGAAGGCAAGAUCUAUGACAGCAUCCUGCAGGUGGAGGCCAUCGAUGAGGACUGCUCCCCCCAGUACAGCCAGAUCUGCAACUACGAGAUCGUCACCACUGACGUGCCUUUUGCCAUCGAUAGAAAUGGCAACAUCCGGAACACUGAGAAGCUGAGCUAUGACAAACAGCGCCAGUAUGAGAUCCUGGUGACAGCCUAUGACUGUGGACAGAAGCCCGCUGCGCAGGACACACUGGUGCAGGUGGACGUGAAGCCGGUUUGCAAGCCUGGCUGGCAAGACUGGACCAAGAGGAUUGAGUAUCAGCCUGGCUCAGGGAGUGUACCCCUGUUUCCCAGUAUCCACCUGGAGACAUGUGAUGGGGCUGUGUCCUCCAUCCAGAUCACGACAGAACUGCAGACCAAUUACAUCGGGAAGGGCUGUGACCGAGAGACCUAUUCUGAGAAAUCCCUUCAGAAACUGUGUGGGGCCUCCUCAGGCAUCAUCGACCUCUUGCCGUCCCCCAGCUCUGCCACCAACUGGACUUCAGGACUACUGGGGGACAGCAGCGAGAUGAUCUUCAGGUUCGACGGCAGGCAGGGGGCCAAGAUCCCGGAUGGGAUUGUGCCCAAGAACUUGACAGACCAGUUCACCAUCACCAUGUGGAUGAAGCACGGCCCCAGUCCAGGCGUGAGAGCUGAGAAGGAAACCAUACUGUGCAACUCAGAUAAAACUGAAAUGAACAGGCAUCACUACGCUCUGUACGUGCACAACUGCCGCCUCGUCUUCCUUUUGCGGAAGGAUUUCGACCAGGCCGACACCUUCCGCCCCGCGGAGUUCCACUGGAAGCUGGACCAGAUUUGUGACAAAGAGUGGCAUUACUAUGUCAUCAAUGUGGAGUUCCCUGUGGUUUCUUUGUACAUGGAUGGAGCAACGUAUGAACCAUACCUGGUGACCAACGAUUGGCCCAUUCAUCCAUCUCACAUAGAUAUGCAACUCACGGUCGGCGCCUGUUGGCAAGGAGGAGAAGUCACUAAACCUCGGUUUGCACAGUUCUUCCACGGCAGCCUGGCCAGUCUCACCAUCCGCCCUGGCAAGAUGGAAAGUCAGAAGGUGAUUUCUUGCCUGCAGGCCUGCAAGGAAGGACUGGAUAUUAAUUCCCUGGAGAGCCUUGGUCAAGGGAUAAAGUAUCACUUCAACCCCUCCCAGUCUGUCCUGGUGAUGGAAGGGGACGACAUCGGGAACAUCAACCGUGCCCUCCGGAAGGUGUCCUACAUCAACUCCCGGCAGUUCCCGACAGCUGGUGUGCGGCACCUCAAAGUCUCUUCCAAAGUCCAGUGCUUUGGGGAAGACGUGUGCAUAGGUAUCCCUGAUGUGGAUGCCUAUGUGAUGGUGCUGCAGGCCAUGGAGCCCCAGAUCACCCUCCGAGGCACCGACCGCUUCUGGAGACCCGCGGCCCAGUUUGAAAGUGCCAGAGGGGUGACCCUCUUCCCUGACCUCAAGAUCGUGAGCACCUUCACCAGAGCCGAGGCCCCGGGUGACUUGCAGACCACAGCCCCAAAAUCAGCAGUCUUAGAAGAAAUGCUGCACAACUUAGAUUUCUGUGAUAUUUUGGUGCUGGGAGGGGACUUAGACCCAAGACAGGAGUGUUUGGAGCUCAACCACAGUGAGCUCCACCAGCGACACCUGGAUGCCACUAACUCCACCGCAGGAUACUCCAUUUACGGGGUGGGCUCCAUGAGCCGCUAUGAGCAGGUCCUGCAUCACAUCCGCUACCGCAACUGGCGUCCGGCUUCCCUGGAGGCCCGGAGGUUCAGGAUCAAGUGCUCAGAACUCAAUGGGCGCUACACCAGCAAUGAGUUCAACUUGGAGGUCAGCGUCCUCCAUGAAGUGAGAGUGUCAGACACAGAGCACGUCAACCACCUUAUUGUGCAGCCUCCCUUCCUCCAGUCUGUCCACCACCCAGAGUCACAGACCAGCAUCCGGCGCAGUGCAGUUGUCCCAAGCAUCGCCACGGUGGUCAUCAUCAUCUCCGUGUGCAUGCUGGUGUUCGUCGUGGCCAUGGGUGUGUACCGAAUCCGAAUCGCCCACCAGCACUUCACCCAAGAGACCGAGGCUGCCAAGGAGGCCGAGAUGGAUUGGGACGACUCUGCGCUCACUAUUACAGUCAACCCCAUGGAGAAACAUGGAGAACCAGGUCAUGGGGAAGAUGAGACAGAGGAAGAGGAGGAGGAGGAAGAAGCAGAGGAAGACGUCAGCUCCAGCAGCAGCAACUCAGAUGACAGUGAAGAAGAUGAUGAGCAAGGGAUGGGCAGGGGCAGACAUGGGCAGCGUGGCACCAGGCAAGCCCAGCUGGAGUGGGAUGACUCCACCCUCCCCUACUAGUGCCCGCUGUCUGUGCCUGCUCAUGUGUCCCUUUUGUAAGCCCCACCCCUCGUAUGCCCAAGUCUAUCACAUGUCACCUCUGAUUUCUAUGAUAGGUCUCAACAAGCCUUCCCCAGUGUCCUGCAAUCACCUUGAUAUCUUGGGGGCCUCCUAUGUCCCAGCCUCCGGGAGGUUCCAAGAAGCGCAGUGUCCUCCUCAGUGGGGACUCCAAGAUAGACUUUGUCUGAUCGCCCCUGCUUAUCUGCCCUGGGCAUACCUCAGAGCGCUGCCUUUGCUCUCCUCCGCAGGGGAGAAAUCUGGUCAACCUUUCUGUUGCUCACCUCUCCCGGCCCCUCAUUCCGAAGCUUUAGGUCCCAGUUCACUGUGCGUGCCCCCGCUCUGUCGUCUCUCUCCACACCGACCAGCAGGUUUCCUGACUCUCCAGGAUGUUUCCUAAAAACAGGGUGGUCGGACUUCACAUGCAGAAGGUCUUAGUCCUUAAUACUCUAGAGCCAGGCUCUUGCUGAGGCAGAAUUAAGUUUGUGGGGGAAGGUGCACACACAAGCCCACGUGCAAACACACCCAUAUGAACACACAUGCACACCUGCACUCCCCUUAGCUCAGAAAGCCUUUUUCCUCGGACUUUUCUGAGGCCACAUAAGCUUAUACGAAAAGUGUAAAGCCAAGCACAGGCCCUUAGCCACAGCAGGACCUGCCUGGACAUGGGCUAAGAUCCUGUGGCUUCCCUGCUGGGCAUCCACCCCCAUGCCAGGGCCCAGAAGGCAUUCUACCUAGGUAGUGCCUCAAACAGCCGUAACCUGCCUGCAGCCAGGGAGCGGAGGAGAGGAGUGAUGAGGUGACAGAGCUGGGCCGCAUGGCAAGUGUGGAUCCAGGAGGCGGGGUGGUGGACACCCCUGCCCAGAGUCUGCCCUGACUGUGGUCAUCAUGCUCCCACCACCUAAUCUUAUGGUCCCUCCUUCUUUAUUUCACAUUUUUUGCUCUCAAGAUAAUCCCUUCUUCUCUAUUGUAUUAGAGCAAGCAUGAACUAUACCAAGUCUAAAAUGAAAGUUUGAAAUUUGCUAGGAAUUAGAAACAUAUUUGCAGUAAUAAUGGCUUCUUCUUUCUUCUUCUCAAAGGAGCAGCCUUUUGGGUGGAGGGCAAAUACAUCUGAAAACCUAAUCUAUUUCUUUCUUCCUUUUUUAAUAAGGAAAUCUUUUCCAUCUCCAUCCUAACAUGGAUACCUCGUGAGGAGAAUUGUUGCUAUAGUAACUGCUCUGUGAUCUUUUGUGGCCAAGAGAAUAGCAGGCAAGCAUCGGGCCUCUUGCAGGACUUCACAAGGCACCAUAGAUGUCUAUGUUUCAAAUGGCGUGGGCUUUGUCCUCAGCAUAUCAUCUGCCCUGUCCUUCCACUCUCCCCAUAUUUCCUUGCAUGGGCACAGAAUUAGCCCCUGGUUACAGUGGCAUUUGGGUUCGAAAGAAAGCGUAGAAUCUGUACAUUCUACUUGCCAUGCCAUCAAAACAGAGAUCCUAAGAAAGGGGGCUGCCAUCAAUUCCUGCAUUCUGUCCCACAGCCACGAGGCUGCAUCCCAGGCCUUUGCAAACUUCUGAUUCUAGAAACUGUCUUAUGCCACUUUAUCUUUUCCCUCCUUUGAGCCUCACAAUAGCCCCGUGAGGUCAUUGGGGCAUCUAUAUUUAGAUGCAUUUUUACAAAGAUGCAGCCGCUAAUUCAAAGACUUUCAUAGGUACGGGCAAGAUUGGGCUCCCCACGGUCCACUCCGAGCCCAGUGCCUACCACCACCCUGCUUCUCCUUAAGUUCAAAUUUGUGCAAUUCAUGGGCAUUGCUGAGUACCUACUAUGUGCUAAGCACUUAACCUGUAACUGUGGCAAAGGGAUUAAACAAAAUGAGUAAGAAAGCUCCUCUUCACAGAGGACUUUAUAAUUGUUGGGGGUGGGCAGGGAGCUUACGGGCAUACAACUGUCCAGGAGACAAAAAUAGAGGGAGAGAGAGAGGAAGAACACAUACCCAAACUCAGUUUUUCUUUCUUCUGGAAGAAAAACUGGCAGGACUUUGGGGCUUUAAGUUUAUUGAGUGAAAUGGAUGUGUCUGUGAAUUCUCCCAAUAGCCCUUUUCCGUCAAUCUGGGUCUGCAUAUCUGUAGGAGAAAAUCUGUAGGAUUUGCUAGUCCUCACAACCCCCUUGAUUAAAUAAAAAGAGAUUUAUCAGUUAGGUAUUUAGGAGUUAACAGAACUUUCCCCAAAGUAUGGCAGUAAAAGGAACACUUUUCAUGUUUAAAACCAAUUCUGUUGAACUGGGCUUUAAUUUAAAAUAUUCAAGUCCGGUACUUGGAAGAGCACCUUUGUUCUUUUGGUUUAGAGAGGGUGGGGAAGGUAUUCCUCAUGCCCUUCAGCUGUUUCUGAUGUCUGGUCACUUAUUCUUGAUUGAUUGAGCUGUUUGGGGUAUGUGAAGUCUCCAUGUGUGUUGAGGUUUGCAGAAAUGGGGGAUGGGAGUGUGCAGGAGAAAUGGUACUUGGUUAGGGCACCGGAGCUGAGGCCUUUGUCACUGGACCCAUGUAGAGCAACAAAGGAGAUCCCUGUCCGUCAGCAGCUGCUGUAGGUCUACCCAGCAUGCCAGCUCUGCUUGGGCACCAAAGCAAUGCUGCUGGGUCCCUGGGCCUUUACACUUUCCCAGCCACUCCUCCCCACCAUGGAUAUAGUGAAAAGGGGCCUUUACUGAAGAGUAGCUGAAGCUUCGGCAAGUGUCUCAGGGAGUGAAGAGUAAUAACUUGCUUUCCACAAAAUUUUCUAAAAUGUCUUCAUCAGUGUUUCCUGCUCCAUAUGCUAGCAGCUGAAACCACGCACACAGAUGGCCGGGACGCCCUGAAGCCUCUCAUCCAGACAUCAGCAGUGGUAGAUGCAGAUGCGUAAUCAGAAGGGACAGCUGACCAGUGUGGCCACAGGUCCGACUGCUGCUUAUCUUGCCAGGUGGAUGCCAGAUCCAGCUCUCUGGGGCUUGGAAACAGAUAGGCUGAGAGCGGGCAUUCAGGUGACAGGGAGGAGGAGGAGGUGGAGGUUGAGACAGAAAAUGAGAAUGAGCUGCCCGGUGGGGGAAGUAACCAAGUAGCUGGUCUCUUGCCAUAUGGCUCCUGACAGUAUAUUCUAGUAGGUGUAAUCAAAUACAGUAAAUCUAACCAACAACAGCAAAAAUGUGAUUUCAGCAGGAACUCCUUCCAUUCACACUCUCGAGCGUUCUAAUCAAACAGGGUUUAGAUUUCAUGUCUCCGCAUGUAACAAGGUCUGUGCUACCACCAAGGUUAAGAUUCCUCGCGAGAAACAAUGUCCUCCAUCCCUACACAUUCCCUAAGGGUCAGCAAGCCUUAGCUGUAAUGAAUCAGGUAAAUAUUUCAGAUAGUUGGAUCCUGUGGUGUCUGUUACAAGCACUCAACUCUACCCUUAGAGUGUGAAAUCAGCCACAGACAGUGUGUCAACAAAUGAAUGUGACAGUGCUCAAAAAAAAACACUUCAUUUAUGAACUAUGAAAAAGCAGGUGAUUUAAAUUCAUAUCUUUUUCACAUGUCACAAAAUCUUAUCACUCUUGACUUUUAUUUUCAACCAUUUCAAAACAUAAAAACCUUUCUGAGCCCACAACCAGAAGAAAACCAGCAGCCAUCAGAAGUAGUCUGUGUGUCAGACCAUUCAUGCAUGGGAGUGGUGCCACGUAGCCUCCGCUGCCAAAAAAUAAAAAGCAAAUUACUAUCUUAGGCUCUCCACCCGCCACCCAGUGGUCUUUGCCUCCAAUAUGGACAAAAAUCUAUACAGUCCUUAAUGAAGCCAUUUUAAAAGCCUGUGUGCCAGGAAGAAGUGAUAGCAAAAAGCAAAAAACACUUGUACUGUCGUUGACUAUAUAGCAGGCAUGGCUCCCCGGAACAGAAAGCCCUGACUCCAGGAGUUGAGGACCCCUGAGCGCCCUUCCCCACCCCCCCGGCUGCUGACUAAUACCAACGGCAGCACAGUCAUUCCCCACCACCCAGCUGGAGGAUUUCUAAGCAGGGGUGUUCAUUAUCUGGACUGAUUAACAUUUCAGCCCCACUCAUGUCAUCACUCUAAAAAUGAUCCUAAAGAGCUGUGACUGUUUCAGUCAAUAGCAACAUCAUCAGUAGAAAGCCCAACCCAGCACAUUUCAAAAUUAGCAGUCUUCUUGACACUUAGAUUCUAGCAAGGGGAAGAAAAUGAGGACUUUUUCUUAACCAUCCCUUCAUUUAAAUAAAUGAAGUAGGUUUUACCAAAACGCAAGGGAGUGAGUCUAAGUCUUUGAAGGAAUUAUCAGUGAAAAGUAGUUGAUUUUCAGAUCUGAUAAUUCUCAGGCCUUUGAGGGAUGCCCAGAGUCUCCUGACAUGUGUGCUGGCAGGUAGGGGCGGUAGACGGUACCACAUCUGCAGCAGACUUUUAUCGAGGCUGACAAGACAAAGCCCUUGGCACAAUUUAAUUUUCAUGUAACUGCUUUCCAUUGUCCAGCUGCAGGCCCGAGAAAUAAGCAAGCAGAGUCUUGAGGUCUACUCCAGUGCCUUCUCUUCCCUGUCUUUAUUUGCUUUACUUUGUAAAUUUAUUCUCUACUGUUUAUAGAACUUGCUCUAGAUUUUUGUUUUGUUUUGUUGGCACUAACUAAGAAAGGAGAGUUGGCUUUACAAGGGCUAUAAAUUAGAAGCCAACCUUGACUCUGUCCCAGGGAGACAAAAAAGAGAGAAGUUACCUUCCCCAUCACCCCAGAAAGCAAUCAAAAUCCCCUGUAUGCCAGCAGUGAACAGAUGGGAUUCUGUGUUUGCAGCGUUGUUCAGUGUGAUUCAGCAAAUCCUCAGAGUGCCAGACACUGCUGCAGGUCAGGGGAGGGAGGGUGAAGGGGACCAGGCUGUGCUCCUGAGGAUGUGGCCUCACCAGCCGCUGGGAGGUUCCACCACCAUCUACUAAUCAGAAUGUCUAGAUGUGGGGCCUAGACCUGUUUUUUAUAUAAUAGUUCUCUGAUUCUCAUGCGCUCUGAAGUUUGAGCAUCACUCACGUAGAGGAUGAUGAAAAUGAUUUUCAUUGGCAUUGGGAGAAAAUGACUGUCAAGAUAAAAUGAUGAGUUUAGUGACAAGAAAGGGCCAAAGCACACUGCCUCCUCCCACUCUCCUAAGGCCCCCCCAGACUCCAAUAUAUGUUCUCUGGUGCCAUGGUUUCAGGAAAGCUUGGACCUAAUCCUAAUUCCAACCCUCCCUAGGAGCCACAGCAUGGAAGAGGUAUUAGUGAGACCACCAACCCCUAGCAAGGUUGCCAUCCAGUCUUCUUUAGGCUAAGAAGACCCCUCUGGGGCUGCAGUGACGACAUCAUGGCCGAAACCCACAGGAACAUUGGUCCCCACACAGCACACAUGCAGGUGGGGCCUGGCAGGAUGGAGGAGGCUCAUUUAAGGAUGCCACCAUUUUUAUAACAGGACUGAGGCAUACAGCGUCAUAGCCCAAACACCAAAUUGAGUGGAGCAUCAAUGACUUUUCUUGGUAGGAUAGUAACUCCUCCUUAUAUUACUAAAAGUAGAAAAUGAAAACCAAAAGCAAACCUGCAGUCUCCUCUAGAGGCUGAUUCUGUCUAGGACGUAGAAUGCCUAAGACCUACAAAGUUCCAGGUUCUAUCAAUUCCCUGUCCCCCAUCACACACACACAUUUGUCAAUAACCAUUGAUUUAAUUUAUGUCAGAACUCUGGCAAUGUCCAUGAGCCUUGGUAGGAGCUGGUUGAUGCUCUAUCAGUCAUUUUUACCUAACUGUGAUGUAGAAUCUGUCCUCUUCUAGGGAUUUCUGAGUCUGGUGUCAGAUAACUGGGGCACUGGGCUGUUGAAUAGAAUGACAAGAAGAAAGGGUUGGGAAGGGACCCAGAUAUGUGACCUUGGAGACCUGGACCUGCUGUGUCAGCCCCAAGAACCCCAAUUCCUUGAGCUACAUCCUGGGUUUUCUCAGCAGUCUCCUCACUGAGUCUCUACAAUUUGCCAAAAGGACCACCUGUUCCUCGUCAGUUCAGUGCAGGGAAAGAUCUGAUUAAAUUCUCGGCCAGUCUAGACCACUGAGAGCUUAUCAAGAGUAACUCAUUUCUAACAGCUUAUUCCAUUAUUCUAGAACACAAAGAACUUGCCCGUUGUUAGCUGCUGAGAGAGCAUGGCGCAACCAGAGACCCAAGAGGGGAAGGUGAAGUAUUUCUCCAUGUCACUUCACGUGACAGAAGAGGUUUGCUCUCCAGUCUGGCCUCUUAGUGAUUUCUCUGAUGAAACAUUUCUCUCCCAGUACAUUAAGUCAAUUUUAUGUUUCCCUGAGGUCACUCAUUUAUUUCAAAGCCUUCUGUAGGACAAAAGGACAAGGUAGUACACAGCAGGAAGGGGAUGGAGAGGCCUUUGGUAUUCUGGAAGAGGGGUGGAUUCUGUGCUUGUCGGCAGAGCAGGAUCUGGUUCCAGUCAGGUCGGGGCAAGGAGACAUUUUGGACUGAAGGUCAGAAGCUCAGAUCCAGCCAGACAGUGCAGAAGUGGGGUGAAUGAGCACUGAGGGGUAACCAGUGUUGAGUCAGGGCACAGCUGAGACGUAGGUGUGGGAAUGGUCAAAAUCCACCAGCCAUACGUAUGUGCCAGAAGCAGUGGAGAGAGUGGUGCCCAGUACUGUUAGUGCCUCCAGUUCAGAGAGGAGCUAGCACCUCUGAAUCCCUGGGGUCCCUUGUCUCCAGAGUCACAUCCCACUCCCUGAGGACUUUCCAUGAGCUGACUGGACUGCUGGGAACAUAGUGGUGUUAGGCUCGAAAGUCUCCACCAUGAAGACCUCCUGUCCUCGGGAAUUUCUUCUUCUCUACUCUAGUGUCUAUUAUAGCACCUGGCGCACAGCACCUGGCCCAAGCAUGUGCCUGAUGAAUGUUAAAUUAAGUAGAAUACCAGAGAGCACUUGACCUCACUGAAUGAACUAGAUAUGAAAAAUUAAGGUGUUCCGCUGGAGAAAGACUCCCCCAUCUUUUCUCUUAGUAUGCAAGUCGAGGUCUUUCAUCAAAUCAGAUGGACAUGACAGAAGGGGCAGUAGGGAGAGGACAAUAUUCCUGCUGCCCAAAUGGAAAAAGAACAGGAGUGGCUUAUGCAGAAAGUGCUCCCUUCCCCCUCCCCCGAACUGCUAGCUAGAGCCAGUAAAGGAGCCCAGGAGCGGAGGGGUUGGAGGUGGGGCUUGGUGAGCCCCUAGGUUCUUCCCUCAGGUCAUGGCCAGCUCCUCCUCCAGGGAGGAGCCAGUGUCCUCCUCUGUUAAUAGCCCCAGCCUGCUGCCCUCCAUUUCCUUUGAUCAAAUUCACUGCAGAGGAAAUUCAUCAAGAUGAAGCUCAAUUCCCAAUAGACUAAUGAAAAGAGGGCAACAGACGUGAGAGGAGCCAAAAUGCAGACGUGUAUAUUAAUCACAGGCAACAGAAACAUGUCGACUCUAAUGUCCGCUUGCUUUUAUCUCAAAAUAAAAAUGUAUCUCUGCUGCCCAGACCCCUUUCUCUGAACAUUUCAAAACAAAAAUGGGUCACACGGGUGUACACACCCACACAGGUGCAUGUGCACACACACACACACACACACACACACACUGAGGUUUCUUUUCCCAAAUAGGAAGAACUAUCGGAGAAAUGAGCUCAUGGCUUGUGUCUAUUUGCAGAAGCAAAUGUACAGAAUCAACCACUAGUCUCAGCUACAGUCCCCAGUCUCUCUGCAGAUAGGGGAGGGGGGAGGUACGAAGAGGCAUCAUCCUCAGAAGGGAUGAGGGCUUUUGCUUGUGCCUGUGAGUGGGGUGUGAAAGUAAUGCACACAUACACCCUGCAGACAAAUGUGCGGCCACCCUACUCAACAGAGAACACAUGGAUAUGGGCCCACCCACCCCUCUCCCCUCAACUCCCUUCAUGAUUGCAAAGGAGCAUCUGAGGUGUGGGAUUCACAAGAGGCCAUGCUCAUCUCCACUAGCAAACUCCUGGGUGGUGGAAAUAAAGCAAAAGCUGUUGGGGGAGAGGAAAUUAGACCUGCUACCCAGGAGUGAUAGCUCAAAUAUAAGAGGAAUUGAGGAGAAAGGUGACUCAGAGCUGGAGAGAGGACAGGGAGACUUGGUAGACAUGGCAGCAAAAGGAUCAACCUUCUCCCAGGAAUUCAGAGCACUGCUGUGUUGUAAGCCAUAUCUGUUUCAGGAGAUUCUAGCUGAUCUGGCAGUAUGGCUGCAGAGGCUGUCAGAGCAACCGCUCCCAAGUCAGACUGCUUGAAGGUGAUUUAGCUCUUAAUUGAACUAGUUGUGAUGGAUCAGUCCACCUGAUUGCUUCCUGCCUGGCCUCUGUGGCUUCCAAAAAGGGUUGUUGAUGUCCUGAGCUGGACAGAUUUGGAAGGAGAUUGAAGAAAACCAGUUGGUGAGCUUAGAAAAGGAAUUGCAUGUAGAAGUUGGCUGUUUUCAAAGAAAUCUGUAGGCAUUUAGAGUUGGAUGUGUUAGUGGCAUGGGUAUUAUAAGGUCAGUAAGAUAAGAGUAAGAAUGAUUUGGUAGGGCAUUAGUUCAGAUCAUUAGUUAAUGUGUUAAAUAUAAAUUACCAGACAUGAGGCUAAUGCUAUCUAAAUAUAUGUGUAUCAACAUAGGUACCUAUCUAUAAUACAGAAAUAAAUAAGAUAUAGAGUGAAGGUGUCAAUAGUCCCUACACAUUUUAAAUUUAUUGAAUGCAUUGUUCCAGAUGUUACCAUUUUUCUUACUUUUGUUCACUUCUAGCUCUCAAAGCACGGGGAACUGCCUGGCACGUAGUAGGAGUUUGGUAAACAUUUGGAAAUUGAAGGUCCACCUUGUCACUGUUAGGGAGACUCCACAGUAUCCCUAGACCCAUAAUUACAGGAGCCACCGAGAAAAAGGUCAGUCACAUCCCCCUCAAAGAUUGUCCCAACCUGUGUCAUUGUGAAUGCGCAGAUGUUAAGCAUUGUUCAGUCCAUUUCAAGCUGUGGGUCUGGCUCUCUGGUUGGGAGGAGCGAUGAGACGUUGCACGUGAUGGCUUUGUCCUGCUCGGCCACAUCUGCGUAGCAUCUAGCAACUAUCUCUACGGACCCCAGGCACCCCUUCUGUUGCCACUGCCACCUCCUGAGUGCUUUUGAAUGUGGCCAGCAUCAGGCACCAUUUUAAGGGUCUGGCUCAGUCUUACCCUCUGGCCAGAUCUGGAAAUGCCACCAUCAUGUACAUACAUGACUUGGCUGUUCCCACAACCUAACCUCGGUGUAUGUGGGGAAGGUCUGAAUAAGGAGGCGAGGCAAUAGGACGUGCCUUAGAGUCUCUGUGCUAUUAACACAGCCAAGAGGGAGAAAUAGGAGCAUUUUGUAGAAGCCCCAGUGGUCACUGCUACCCCUAGGCAGUGCCUGCCAGUCUGCCCAGAGCCUUCCCUAGUGGCCCACUGCACCUGGGGGCUGGGCCUGUGUGGACCUGAUGGACACCAGACAUCUGAGCUCUUCUGCCUCAACAAUGAAUCCUAGUAGUCUAGAAAUGUGUUUAUUUGCUAAGUAUACUAUUGUGUGUGUGUGAGUGUGAUACCAUGCAAACUUACUGUCUUAUUAGAAGGACUGUGUCCAUUUAUAGAGUGUUGACUGAUCAGGAGAGCACAUUGCUAUCUUGCUCAAUGAAUGAGACUGUCCUGUCACAGAAGACCAGACAAAAUGUUCUUUCCCCUCCUCAUACCUCGUCUCAGCAUCCUUUCCCUGCCUGACUGAGCUGUCCUAUCCACUCUAGGCCAACAGAGUGAUGGGCACUGAGAAUCUGUAUGUAUAUAAAGAUAUAGAAAGAAAUAAGAACCAUCAUGGGAAUCUGUUGGGCUUCUUUCAUGACUGUGAUCUUACCCUUAUUUGAGUCACAAACUUUAAAUUUCUAACAAUUAAGAUUCUUGCAAUUUCCAAGUAAUUUGUUAAAUGCCUAUUCAACACAGACAGAUAUUUAUUUUCAGCCUUGGCUUGAAAAUGCCUACAAACUGAUUCAUGUUGGUGGUCAUUAUGACACUCUCUGUGAAUUGGUGAAUAAAUAUGAUUUUAGAAUUUCACAGUAAA